AUGCUAAAUGUGGGUUGUAGUCAGGGAACUGAAGGUCAAGGCAGCAACUCGGCAAGCAUUCAGUUUGCCCAAGAGAUGCUGAGCAUGGCAACUGCAUCAAUGUAUGCCCACGCCAUGGAGCAUAUUGCGCACGGCCGCAAGUCCAGCAGUCGCCAGUCCAACAAGUCUCCGCUUGAAUUAGAGAGGGAGCUUGAAGCCAUAUUGGGUCCUCUGGCUGGACAGGUAAUAGUCACCAUCAUCAAUAGUAUCCUCAGGACUAAAGACAACGGAAGAACUGAGCAGGAACGGACCACCCCUUUGAGUUACUUCCUUACUGCGGUUUCUGCUGAAAUUCAAAGCAUGGUAGUUCAAAGAUCUGCAAGUAGACAGUCCUCCAGGCAGUCCAUCAGAGACCACUUGAUGAAUGUCUCCAAGGGCAAGAUCGUGAAAGCCGUUCAAAUUAAAAUGUCGCAACUCUAUGGCGAGUCUACCAAUGAAAGCUGCAUAUCAGCAACUCCAACAAUCCAGAGCCUGUCCAUGUGCUCAUCCAAAGAAUCCCUUUGUGAUUGGACUCUCACCUCAGACGACGUGCAUCCAGCUAAGUUCCUGUCUAGCAACAGAAUUACAGCAUUGUCGACUGAUGUUGUGGAUGUUGUGUUUCGUGAUGUUCUUUAUAAUCUUGGACUUUCGGACAGCAAAACACUGUUAAGGCCACAGUGCACCGGCUCCAGCUCAUCAAUAGACAUCAGCGGUGUUGCUGGGGAGAUGGUCAGACAAGUCUCCGUAAAACUCCAGCCCUUUGUGUCUGAGAGCAGCCUGGAGGCCAUGUCCAUGACUCAUGACUCACCAUCUCUGCCCAUCUCAGACUCUGACUUGAAGUUCUUGUGCUCUCACUCAGUGGUUGCUGUAGCAACUGCCUGCCAAGCAAUUAAAACUGAGCUUGAGAUUGAGAUGAGUCUCAACCCAGCCACAGAGGCCGGUUCCCAGGGUAACCUUGCUGCCAGAGACCUGGUAUCUUCUCUGUCACAGAGUCUUGAGGACAUAGAUGUUUCUCACAUCAUUCAGGGCCUUAAGGAAGCAGAUGUGACAUUUGCCAAUCUGAACGAAACCCUUUCGACCGACACUAAUAGAUUAGAGGAAAUCUUAUCUGCCCAUAUUUCCCCUGAAAGUAUUGCAGCGGCAUCGGUUGAUCUUUUUGAUGGCGUAUUAGGAGACUUGCAUGAGGCAUUUGAGGCAAAUAAGGUCUCAGCAGCCACAAAAUCUGGUCGCAAAAAGUUCUGGGUUGAAGUACAUACAAGUUCACAAAACAUGUACACCAAUGCGCUGGACAAACUAAAUAAGUGGUUCAGCUUACACCAUCUCACUGAGGAAAAAGACGUCCCUCUGAAUACCAACCCCUCUCCAACUGGACCACUCCUAACUGAGGCCUGUGUGGAGGUAUCUCCUGUGCAAAAGACCAGUAUUAACAGCUCUAGUAUGUCCUUCAGGUCUCUGAGUAAUAUCCCAGACAACCAGCUAACCCUCAACACAUGCACUAAAGAGGUCAUCAAACAGGUGGCCUCCGUUCUGAAGGUUGAGGCUUCUAAGGAAGACUGUUCUUCUUCCGUUGGAGGGAGGACAUUAAAUGUGUUCUUGGAGUUCAGCCAGAAGUUGGAUGCUCUCAUCUCAAAGUUGGAGGACCUCCCCAUUUCCGGUGAGAUUUCCUCGCUCACACAGCCACAAAGUGCAGUCAGCAGCAGCAGAACCUCGAAUAUUUCCAUCGGGAGUAUCCUAAGUGUGGAGUUCCACACAAAGGCCAACCAGAUCGUGAGUGAGGCUAUCCUUGGAGCUGCAAUUGUUUUCAUUGCUCGCAAAGCCAACCAUUUGGAGCUGAAAAUGCCUGCUACCUAUUCACAACAUCUGUUUGCAGCAGCCUCGGACAUUGUGAACAUUAUUGUGGAAGACCUAGAGAGAGAGACCAUGGAUACAGAGUCCCACCACACACCUAAAAUAGUUUUUGACAAGUUCCUGGAUGUGGCUCACAACAUCUACUACCGAGUGAGGGAUAGGCUGAAGGUCUUCUUCUCCUUGUCCCCAGUGCCUGCCUCCAAAACCAAAGAUGUGGUGGAUUCCAUGCCUGUGGAGAAACAUGGAUACUUUGAGGCCUCUGACACUGCUCAUGACCCGGAGCGACCUCGAUCUGUCAGGAGUGAGAAGUUGUUGACAAAAGACAGGUUAGCCAAGAUUGAAAGGUCUAAAUCCCUUGCGUCUCGGGGUGGCACGUCAACAGAAUAUCAACACUUUGACACCGUCACAUUGACACCCACCAAGAGCAUGUCAGUGCUGAGUGAUCACAGUUUGAGAGGAGCUUUUCCUCUCUUGAGUGAAAGUUGCCAACCACUUUUGACUCUCAAAGACUCAACAGUGGCAGUCACUAAGCAUAGCUUCACCAAAUCUGCUAAGAACACCCUCAGCCAGAUCCUAAAUGUGAUCAAGUGCAGAGUUGUUGCCUCGGAUAAUUCAUCUGUUGGAAAGAAGACAACUGACAUGUUGGACUCUCUUCUUGAGAGCCUUGACCAGUUGACUGCAGAUGAGAUAAAGGGGACAGCGUCCCACAACUUGAUCACAAUAGAUAUGCCAGAAUCACUGCCUAAGCCAUCCUUGACAAAAUACUUGUCUACUCCUGAGAGGAACCAGGAUUCUUCCCCUGCAAAGCUUGUGUGUCAACCAUCGUGCCUGAUACCAACAUCCAUGUCUGACACCAACAUUAUAGUGAAAACUAUAAUGGAAACGCUGGUGACGGACGAAUCAAAGAAGACUUCAGCAGAGGAAAACCUUGAGAGGCUCGUCUCCAUUGAAACCAUUCAAGGUGUGUCAGACGACCUCAUCACAAAGGUCCAUGGUCUCAUUCAGGAGAUCACAAUAAGCCGGCAACUUCAAUCCAUGGCUGGCCACAGGAGCUUCUCUGAACCGGCAUUGCCAAAGCCAGCCCUGAAAAAGCUGUCAAGGAAUGAUGCCUCUGAGCUCGCCUACAGCUUUGCCGAAAAUUCUGUUAGGACUCUCCUGGGGCAGUGUUUAAAUGUGUCGCUCGUUUCCACCGGAGUAAGGCAGACGAUGGAUCAGGUCACUAAGAUAAUGACAAACACAGUGAUGGACACCCUGACUGAUGUGGACACCCUGACUGAUGUGUCCAAGCCCACAGUGAAGUCAGAGGAUGAAAUAGUUUCCAGGUCAGUCCCACCAGAUGAAUUCCCCACCAGGAGCCUUAACCCAGCUGAUGGCAACGCUGAGGUGACGCCUACCUCUGCUGGAGGUGAAAAGAAUAGCAAGAAGUGGCGUUUCCUUUUCAAAAUGCCUAACAUCCCCAAGAUCAGGAUCACGCUGUUCAAGAGAAAAGGACAAGCCAAGAAGCACCCUGAACUGGAAGCGCUGCCAACAAAACGUUUCAGUGAUGUGUCACUGAAGGUUCCAUCCGCUUCCCCGCCCACGGAGGACCUGAUACCUGCACCUACUGCACAGGAUCCCCAGUCCCGUAAAUGCCCCUUCCUGGUUAGGGUGUUUCGGGCCCUCUCUCGAGCCAUCACCAGCACCUUCAGAGGAGCUUCAGGGAAGAAGCACUAGAUUAGUGCCUGAUUUUAAUAAACAUUACUGCUUGUAUUUUUGUGUCUACAGCAAUUGUAUGUGCAAAAUAACAAGAUUGGUACUUCAGAGUGAUUUAUAGUGGUAGACUUUUUUAUGGUCAUUGCUUGUGGAAUACCGAUAUCAAUAAAGACAAAAUA